AUGAAAGAUACAGAAAUAGAUCUUUCAGAUAUUUUGUCCAAUCAUUCUUUUUUAGAUAUUCUACCUGAUCCUUCACUUUCAGAUAUUUUAUCCAAUCCUUCUUUUCUUGUAAAGAAAAAUAAUAAAACAAGAAAAUCUGAUAGUGUUUCAAGUGAAGAGGAAAUAGAAUCGUUUGAUCCUGAUUAUAAUAAUGAAUUAGAACUAUUUGACCCUAAUAUAGAUAAUGAAAAGGAUGAAUAUCAAAAUUUUGGAGACAAUCAAAUAUUUGCUACGUCUAAUAUUUCUGAUGAUAUAUUAACCAAAACAAAUAACAAUAAUAUAAAAAAAAGGGUUAAACAGAUAAUUAUUUAG